AUGGCAGCCACAGAAGACCAAAGAAAAUCGGUAUUGAUUACUGGUUGCUCACCAGGAGGCAUUGGGAACUCGCUUGCACGAGAGUUUCAUCGUAAUGGGUUGCGCGUAUUUGCAACCGCCCGCGAUGCCAAAUCGCUCGAAGAUCUAUCAGCUCUCGGCAUAGAGACCUUGACCCUCAUCGUAGAUGAUGAGAACAGCGUCAAGGCAUGCUGUUCUGAAGUAGAGAAGAGACUUGCGGAGAAGGGACUGGAUUAUUUGGUCAACAACGCGUAAGUUAUCAUUGCGAUUUAUGGGAAGGAAAAGAGAAGAGAAGAGAAGAAGACAGCCACUCACUCUCCUGGUGAAUCUAUUAUCUAGGGGACGAAGUAAGUUAGCAUAUGCAUCCCGACCCUCACCAACCUGACAGAGGUCUAACUUACUACAGAUUAUACCGUCCCGGCAAUGGAGGCAGACCUUGCGGAGGCCCGAGCAACCUUUGAAACCAAUUUCAUCGCAGUCAUCUGCAUGUGCAAGACAUUCCUUCCGCUCCUUAUAAGAUCCCAGGGCACUAUUGUGCAAAUUGGAUCUGUUGCGGGGGUUAGUACUCUGAUGCGCCGCGGUCUCUACAGACUCUCGACACAUUCAAUGACGCUGACUUUACGCCAAAUAGGUUAUUCCUUACGUAUUUGGCUCAGUAUACAACGCCUCGAAAGCCGCUCUACAUUCAUUUAGUGACUCUCUGCGUGUUGAACUAGCGCCUUUCGGGUAAGUCCUUUCACCCUUCAGAUUUUGAACCUAUUGAAAGUUGAUAGCAGCCCCGCCAGAGUACAUGUCACUACAGUUAUUACCGGCGGCGUACAGUCUCGCAUCGCCCGCAUUGAACGUACGCUAGUGCCUAAUUCCCUAUACGCCUCGAUUGAGGAAGAAUACAGUCGCCGCGUGAAACACAGUCAGGACGGUGCCAUGCCGCACGCUCUUUAUGCACGGAGCGUUGUGACCCAGGUCCUGUAUGGGUCUGCACCAUGGCGGUGGCUCUGGCCGUGGGCGAAAGGGCGAAAAAGUUGGAUUUGGGAAGGAAACAAAAGCUGGGUGGUCUGGUUGCUGACUGGGGGUUGGGCUUGGACUGGCCUAUUCCAGUACGCCAUGACGAGAAUGUUCAAAUUAAACAGAUUGAGUCGAGGCAUUGGCGGCCGGUAGCAUUGCUGGAGAGGGGGAAGGGACACCGGAGGCAGCCUACGCCAUGAUUUUUCGUCUACCAGAACUAUAGUAAUUAGUAGUUAAUACGGAGUAGGAGUAGUUACCUUUACCCGCCGUCGUUCCGUGAUAUUCGCGUCGCCGGGACCCGAACCCGGUUUAGUCAUCCCGAGCGUUCACGCUGGUUGGCUAAUCAGGUGACCCUGAACGUGCCGUAAUCCCAAGGCAAAAAGACAAUAUCAUCUCGGGAAG